AUGCAAUGGGACGAGGCGGACAUCGUGGACACUGGUGAUCCGGCUGGUCGCUCGGCUUUGGAUGCUCGCAGGGGCAUUGAGGCCAGCUUGCAGGUGAUUGAAGGCGUGGCGAAGAGAUCCGGCAAUUUGAAAGGAACCUUCGUCUAUGCACUGAAGAAAGCGGUCUCGGCGAUUAGGGACAACUCGCAGGUUCUCAUCCAGAGAACCAUUAGUGAGGAGACGAGGGUCCUGAGCGCCGAGAACCAGCAACUGAGAGAGAGGUUAGAGGAGCUCACGAAGAAGGUGGAUGAGCUGCAGAAGUCUUCGGGGCUCCCAAACAUGCAAGAGUUGGAGGCGAGCCUCUUGCUCAAACUUGGAGAUAGGAUUAAUGCCCGCAUAGAAGGGCUGGAGCCUCGGCUUAAUCCUGCGCCGCUUCUGAGGCCUCCCUUGGCAGCGGACAAGGCGAAGAAAGGAAAGGAGAGGGCGGUAAGAAACCCACCUGUCCUACCGGCGGUUGUCACCCCCGUAGCUCCCGUGGUGACUGCCGUCGAUUCUAGACCUGAAAAGGUCACAAGGCGAGGAAAGGAGAAGAAGACGGACGGACCUUCUCGGCCACUCAACCCGGAUACUCUGGAGGAGAACUGGGUCACGGUGGCAAAGAAGACAAAGAAGAAGGAGGAUAGGACGCAGCCAAGAACGGGGCCGGCUCCAAAGCCGAAGAAGAGUCCCCAGGCUAAGUCGAAGCCGAAGCCGAAGCUUAGGAUGCCUCGGUCGUCGGCCGUUGUGAUCACCCUCACCGAUGAGGGCAAGGAGAAGAUGACCUACAGCAAGGUUCUGAUGAUCGCGAGGGCGAAGAUCAACCUGAAGGAGGUGGCGGACAUUGAUGCCAUCAAGUUCCGCAAGGCGGCAACGGGGGCCGCUGUCUUAGAGCUCCCUGGAGCAAGCAGUGGUCCCAAGGCCGACGCCCUAGCUGAGAAGCUUAGGCCCCCCUUAUCGGCGGAUAAGAAGAAAGGAGGAGAGAGAAUAGAGGAAAGUUUACCUAUUCCUAUGGCAGUUUCGGCUCCGACAACAGUUCCCGGUCCUGAAACAGGGAAGAAGAAGAAGUCGAAGAAGAAGAAGGCAAAGGCGUCGGAAAAAGUUGAGAACACGGGAGAAUCGGUACCCACCGCCCCCGCGCACUCGUCCGUUCCCGUUGCCAAGUCUCAAACGAAUACACCACCGUGGCAUAUUGAGGCGGCUGCUCUGGCGGACAUCUACUGGAAGAGGGAUCGUUCCAGAAAAUCGGGACACGAGCCGACCUAUGAAGAGAUGGAAUCGUGGCGCAUAGAAGGCCGUGAGGCCAUACUAAACAGAUGGCGCGAAGAUCUCGCUGGCGCUCGCUAUGGAAGAUGGACAUUAGAUGCUAUUAUGCCAGUGUUCAAAGAAUGGACUGAAAGGCGGUGGGGGACUCUGUCUUACCAUCUGACGCAAGGGCUCACCGGGCACGGAUGCUUCGGCUCCUAUCUCCACAAGAUUGCCCGCAGAGAGCCCACCCCCACCUGUCAUCACUGCGGAUGUGCCAACGACACACCACAGCACACCCUAUUCGACUGCCCGGCGUGGAAUGACCAUAGGGAUACCAUGCUGCGGCUUACCGGACUUGACAAUCACGGAAGUGGCGCCCUCAAUUUGUCCCUAUUCGUCAGGAGUAUGCUCUCUGAUGAAGCGAAAUGGCAGGCUAUCCAGGUAUUCUGUCAGUUUGUUUUAGGUUCAAAAGAAGAGGCAGAGCGGGCUCGGGAAAUAGAUCCUGGGGCCCCUCAGAUAAGAAAAAGAAGAACGGGCAGGCGCAGGCGCGACUUCGUGCGUGCUUCGUAA